UUCACAGUACCUUUUGGCUGGCACACUGCUGUGACACGACACAGGAAGCUGAAAUAGUGAAUAUCCAAUGAUAUACAUAAUUCUGAAUAUCCCGUCCCUCAUUGGCUAUCCGCUGAGAACCAGAACGGGUGGCUCUCCGCAAGCUUGUGGUGCUGAAAUCUUGACUUGCUAUGAUAACGAUGUAAUGGCAAUGAGACAUUUCACUGUGGAACCCAAUAAACACCACCAAAAUGGACGAUGAUUUGUUCCAGUUAAGACAACUCCCCGUGGUCAAGUUCCGUCGCACGGGUGAGAGCACACGCUCUGAGGAUGACUGCUUGGGGAGAGACCAGGAAGUCCAGAUCGAUGGGAGGCAGGCUUACAUGGAGUCUGUGGCACUUCACGAUGGCGCACUAGUACCCCGGGAGUUUGCCAACCCAACUGAUGACACUUUCAUGGUGGAGGAUGCUGUGGAGGCCAUUGGUUUUGGGAAGUUCCAGUGGAAACUCUCCAUCCUCACUGGUCUGUCCUGGAUGGCUGAUGCUAUGGAGAUGAUGAUUCUAAGCAUCCUGGCACCACAGCUUCACUGUGAAUGGAGGCUUCCAAGCCUGUGGGUGGCGCUACUCACCUCGGCGGUGUUCAUUGGAAUGAUGAUCAGCUCUUCCAUUUGGGGGAACAUAUCCGAUAAGUAUGGCAGAAAAACAGGUCUGAAGAUGAGUGUGGCGUGGACCAUGUUCUACGGUGUACUGAGCGCCUUUGCCCCCGUCUAUGGCUGGAUCCUCUUCCUCCGUGCCCUGGUGGGAUUCGGCAUCGGAGGAGCCCCACAGUCGGUGACACUGUAUGCAGAGUUUCUCCCCAUGAGGUCCAGAGCCACCUGCAUCUUGCUAAUCGAGAUAUUCUGGGCGCUGGGCACUGUGUUUGAGGUGCUGCUGGCCAUCCUGGUGAUGCCCACUCUGGGCUGGCGCUGGCUGCUCGGCCUCUCCACCAUUCCGCUCUUCAUCUUCGCUAUCCUCUCUUUUUGGCUGCCAGAGAGUGCACGCUAUGACGUGUUGACAGGGAACCAGGAGAAAGCUCUGACUACCCUGAAGCGCAUCGCCAAGGAGAACGGAGUCCCCAUGCCCCUGGGAAAACUAAUUGCUGCCAGACAGGAGGACCGUGGGAAGUUCCAGGAUCUUUUCUCACCGCAUUUUCGCUGGACCACAAUUCUGCUGUGGUUUAUUUGGUUCUCUAAUGCAUUCGCCUACUAUGGCCUGGUCCUGCUCACCACUGAGCUCUUCCAGGAGGGGGGCGCCUGUGGGGAGUCAAAAGGUAGUAAGAGGGAGCCCAGGUGUAGCCUGGAGUGUAAAUACCUGACCUCAGACGACUACAAGGAUCUGCUGUGGACCACCCUGUCUGAAUUCCCAGGCUUGCUGGUGACUCUGUGGGCCAUCGAUCGGCUGGGAAGGAGAAAGACCAUGGCACUGUGCUUCUUCGUCUUCUCUCUCUGCCUUGUGCCACUCUACGCUUGUGUAGGGAGGACCUGGCUGACAGUAUUGAUAUUCAUCGCCAGGGCCUUCAUCGCAGGAGGUUUCCAGGCUGCUUAUGUCUACACCCCUGAGGUAUAUCCAACAGCAACCAGAGCGUUAGGUCUGGGCACUAGUAGUGGAAUGGCUAGAGUGGGAGCCCUCAUCACACCCUUCGUUGCACAGGUGAUGUUGGAGUCUUCUGUGUACCUGACUCUGUCAGUGUACAGCAUCUGCUGCCUGCUGGCUGCCAUCGCCUCCUGUGCUCUGCCCAUUGAGACCACUGGCCGGGGCCUCCAGGAGUCCAGCCACCGUGAGUGGGGCCAGGAAAUGAUGGGCCGGGCCCCUGCCAACAGCUCUGGGGGCAUCCCACACUCCGACUCUGGGUCCCAGGAGGACGGAGCACAUGCAAGAGGGUGGUGAAGGAGGGACGCUGGAGUGGAAGAAAGAGGCAAUGAAGGAGAAGGAAGCUAGGCAAGCAGCCCUUGUCCAUUCUCAGCUCAAAUGUGUCAUUACUGGUUUGUAUAUAGGCACCACAGUGACUUGAGAGAGAGCCUGCCACCAAAAUGUUAUUCAAAAACAUUUCUCUCUCAUUUGAAUCUUCUGUCAAUCUGUCAACCACUACCACUGUCAUGAUUUUUGCCAAUGUAGGAUAACCACACUCUGAGUGAGACAGAGCUCAAUCGAUUAUCCUGAGUAUACACUGGGUGGUAGCAGGGAGAGAAACUGUUCAGGGUGGGUUUGUCAUUCUAUAUCUCAGUAUUUGAAUUUCAUAUUAUGAGGGAGAAGAACAGCGAGAUUUAUAGUAACAGUGAGAGUGAUAGUGAAAGAGAGUGAUAGAGGAGAUUGCUUUGUUGCAUUGUUUCUAUUAACCUGUUUCUUUUAAGAGAGCCUUAAAACAAUGGUUCUACUCAGGUCCUACCACUCAGUUUUGGAUAAGGGACACAUUGAGGGCUUUUGACAGAGAUGUGACGUCAAGGGCCCCAAAAAAUCCAUUAUAUUUUGCAAAGCUAUAAUGAAAACAAUGACAUGUAAUGAAUUGCUAUCUAAUGAUACAAUAAUUACCCAUUCAACAUAAUCAAAUCUGUGCAUCUGGGGUUGUUUGCAGAUUCGCAUCACCACGUUAACCAUCCGACAUGAUGCACUUCAUAGAGGUGUGAAGUCACAAAUCUCAGUUACGCUUCAGUUUAGACACUUAUAUACUGAAUAAAAAUAUAAACGCAACAUGUAAAGUGUUGGUUUCAUGAGCUGAAAUAAAAUAUCCCAGAAAUGUUCCAAAUGCACAAAAAGCUCAUUUCUCUCAAAUUUUGUCCACAAAUUUGUUUACAUCCCUGUUGACAUCUGGCUUCUUCACCUGCGGGAUCGUCUGAGACCAGCCACUCGGACAGCUGAUGAAACUGUGGGUUUGCACAACCAAAUAAUUUAUGCACAAACUGUCAGAAACCGUCUCGAUGAAUCUCAUAUGCGUGCUCAUCGUCUUGACCUGAGUGCAGUUUGGCAUCGUAACUGACUUCAGUGGGCACAUGUUCACCUUCAAUGGCCACUGGCACGCUGGUGAAGUCUACUCUUCACGGAUGAAUCCCGGGUUCAACUGUACCGGGCAGAUGGCACCGUGUGUGCGAGCGGUUUGCUGAUGUCAACAUUGUGAACAGAGUGCCCCAUGAUGGCGGUGGGGUUAUAGUAUGGGCACUCAUAUGCUACGAACAACCAACACAAUUGAAUUUUAUCAAUGGCAAUUUGAAUGCAAAGAGAUAGCGUGACGAGAUCCUGAGGCCCAUUAUCGUGCCAUUCAUCCGCCGCCAUAACCUCAUGUUUCAGCAUGAUAACGCACAUCCCCAUGUCGCAAGGAUCUGAUCACACCAAAUACUGACUGUUUUUCUGAUCAAUGCCCCAACCUUUUUUAAGGUAUCUGUGACCAACAAAUACAUAUCUGUAUCCCCAGUCAUGUGAAAUCCUUAGAUUAGGGCCUAAUGCAUUUAUUUAAAUUAACUGAUUUCCAUAUAUUAACUGUAACUCAGUAAAAUCUUUGACAUUUUCAGUGUAAAUGAGGCAAUCAAAAUAAUUACGUAAAGUCUCUGUGCAGCUGGCAUAAGCAUUCAUUACCACUCAUAUUCUAGACCUGUCUUGAGAAGGUCGUAAUGUUAUUUAUCACGAUGACUAUAUUUUUUGUAAAUAAGGAAAAUUGCAUAUGAGUACUGAUGAACGUUCAUGCCAGGGUUCAUGCCAGGUGUUAUAAUGCUCAUAUAUGCAUUUUGAGGGUUUUAUGUAUAUGCCAUGAAACUGAAGUGCAACUGAAAUAUUUGAACUGUACUAUACUUGAUACUGUCACCUCUUAACGUAGUCACCCAAAGUUGUCAGUCUCGUACAGUAGUAAUUACACUACAUGGGUGAAAUCAUUCAAAGCAAACAUAAUCACAUGGUUUUUCAGGGUACACC